CGUGUUGGUACACCGGAUGUUUUCAUUUUGAGAAAAAGUAUGGCCACUACAAGUUUCCAGAAAAAAGCACGAGUUAAAUUAAAUCAAAUACCUGGAACUAAACCAUCUUUAUUUAACAACCAGUUACUUAUCUCAUCAGGUGUUCCAUCUCUGGAUAACAUAAUAGGAGGAGGGCUUGCUGUUGGGACAGUUUGUUUAAUUGAGGAAGACAUUUAUGGCAGUUAUGCUCGCUUGCUGUUGAAGUACUUUUCUGCUGAGGCAGUAGUGACGGGUCACUCCUUGUUAUUAACCAGCGCUGAUCAGGAUCCAUCUCAAAUGAUCAAGGAACUCCCUGCUCCAAUACUAGAUGACCCAGGAGAUUUGGCACAAGGGAACUUACCUGAUCAGGCAGAGAACAUGAAAAUAGCUUGGAGAUACCAGCAUCUACCUGCCAAUCAGACCAGUCACUCCAGUUCUAAAUUUGGCCAUUACUAUGACUUGACCAAAGUGAUGGACACUCAGCUUAUCUCAGCUAUAAAUCCAACACUUAUUGGAUCAGAGGACUUAGAAAUAGGUUGUAAAGGAUGUGAAGAUCUUAACCCAAAAUACAAAUACUUACUGAAAAGAAUCAAGGAGGAGAUUGACAGUGGACAUUUUAGUACAACUGAACAGACAGAUAAAAGAAAUAUAUUGCAAAUUGGUGUUCAUUCCCUGGGGUCUCCUCAGUGGGAUGAAUGUGGGGGACUUGCAGCUAACCAAGAGGACAUUGAUUAUUCACUACCCAGAUUUUUAUUGGCCCUUAGAGUCUUAAUGAGAUCUGCUUUUGCUACAUGUAUGAUUACUAUGCCUACACAUUUAUUUCAGAUUCCUGGUUUUGUUGGUCGACUACGUAAAAUGUGUGACACGGUUUUACAUCUUGAUAGUUUUGCUGGUUCAGACAAAGAGAAAAAUCCUGCAUACAAAGAGUAUCAUGGUUUAUUUCAUAUAGUUCAGCUUCCACGCCUUAAUUCCUUGUUAUGUCAUAUGCCAGAUACACUGGAUUUUGCAUUUAAAUUGAGGAGGAAAAAGUUUACUAUAGAGAAACUUCACUUACCCCCGGAAUUGUCAGAGACAGCUAACAGAAGUCAGGAGGAUGUGGUCCCACAAUUAAAAACUUCUGCUGCUACUUGUUCUGCAGGCAAACCUAAUAAACUUGAAUUUUAAUUA